CAGGAGACAGCCGUAGAGAAAUGGUUCGAUCGUGCUGGAGUACCGACAUACUUGAACACAUGUAAGUUGGACCUAUCCCACUUCAUCCAAAGCAAAUGAGAUUAUUAACCAACUUCAGACUAUUCCGGAUUCCUCGCAAAUGCUUUCGCAAUGAACCCUGAAGGGACAUGGGUGCAGGCGCUUCAACUCGACAAAGCCGCUACGCAUGCGUUCAUUGCCAUGAUCGCAGCUAUGCACAACUCACUCGCAAGAUGGGCCGACACGAGUACGAUCGACUUUCAUCGGUUCCAAGCAGUCAAGUCUAUUAACGAAAGGCUGAACCUGGAGGGCAAGGACGAUAGCAAGCCUAUAUCGGAUGGCCUUGUCGUUGCUGUUGCCCUUCUAGUAAACAUUGAAACUUUCAUUGGCUCACUUAGUGCAGCAGAAGCCCAUAUGAGCGGAUUGAAGAGAAUGGUCGAUCUUAGGGGUGGUAUUGUCGAUGGGUUCAAGCACAGCAGUAUACUUCAACGAUCUAUAUCUUGGGCUGAUUACUCCUAUGCCACUGCUGCGCACAAGCCAGUUGCCUUCCCCUUUAUUCCACAACUUGCAUCCUCGCUAGCUCUCCAUGACCGGUUCACGAGUCGCUCUAUGUUAGCGAACAUGGAACCGCUUGGGUUUAAGGAUCUCACUAUUCAGAAUCGAGAAGCAGUCGAGCUCUUCGAGUUAUUAUACUCCAUUACAGAAUGUAUCAAUAACUUCGACUAUACAAGUCUUGAGGACACAUUCGGGCAGAGGAUACAGGUCAGCGACUCCAUCUACAUGAUCGAAUGGCAGCUCUGCAAGUUGGAACAUGUUUCUCGGACUCGUCAGUCUUGGAGGAGGGCCGGCUCCGUCCCAUUGCUGCCGUCGAUCGAGACCGAUAAUACACAACCGCGCUUCCCCUCGCCGACGGAUCUGUCUGACGUUCUGGUUUACGCUGCACAUCUCUUCCUGCACCUCGCCAUCCGCGGCCAACCCCCUUCCGCCCAGAGACACCGCGCUCUUGCGGAGGCGCUCAUGUCGUCGCUCUACGACCCUAUCCUGGCCCUAGACCUUCUAUCCGAGCCGAAGCCGUGCGAAAGCAGCGGGUCACAGCUGGCCAGCAGCAGCCCGGAGCAAAGCCCUACGACAGCUGUACCCGGGUACAUCCCGACGUCGGAAAUUUCACACCCCGGGAUGGCGAGACUUUUCAGAGACGAGCUCCACGCCAACAUCCUCCUCUGGGCCCUAUUCAUAGGUUCGUGCGUUCGCAUUCCGGUCGUGAUAAACGAGUACUCGGCCCUAGGGGGCGACCAGCACAACUUUUUCAUUACCGCGCUGAAGAACUACUGCCGGAUGAGAAACAUCCUGGAGAGAGAAGUGCUCCUGACGAAGCUGAAAGACGUCAUGUGGCUGUACAGCUGGUGCGAGCACCAACUGGGACUCGUCUGGGAAGAGAUCGCCGACAGCCUCAGACCGUACGUGACGGCGGGAGGCCAAGUGAAUGUGUCUAUGGGGUCAUGAUCAAGAGGAGAAUGGCAGUGAGCUAUCUCCUCAUUACCGGGAAUCGUACCGAAGUAAUAUAUAAUAUAUAAUCAUAAUUAUCUAACAAGAUGCCGACGCUGGCAGUAUGAUUUUUAGUCACAUACUACCGUAUAUCGAAUAAACCCAACUUAAUCGAACCUAUUCCACAGCCCAUACAUAGCC